UUUGAAGUUUGGUUUGAUUAUGUUGCAGUGAAUGACCCCUUUGUGAUGAACUCAUGGGCGAAAACUUUCCCAGAGAACAAGCAUGUGAAGUUUCUUGCAGAUGGUGCUGCGAAAUACACCAAUGCACUUGGGCUUGAGCUUGACCUGACAGAGAAGGGGCUUGGUGUUAGGUCUAGGAGGUUUGCUCUGCUGGUGGAAGACCUGAAGGUGAAGGUUGCCAAUGUUGAAAAUGCAGGAGAGUUCACUGUCUCCAGUGCUGAAGAUAUCAUCAAGGCUCUUUAAACCCUUCAGUUGUGGCUUAGGAACCGUUGUUCUUUCAUGUUCCUGUGACUCUUUUGAUGCCAAAACUUUCAGUACAAACAUUUUCAUAGAUGUAAUUGUGUUGUGUGCUUUUACAAGGGCAUGAUGUGGUGCAUGCUAUGGAAAUAAAUAAACUUUUUAGCUUCAA